AUGAGCUAGGUGUUUGUUUGAGGAUUUGAUUUUAUUGUUUUACGAUGAACAAUUUUUACGACGCACUGUUUGCUUUCUGUAUCGUAAUCGUCAGCGCAAACUGUUAUACGUUAACCGAACAAGACCUUCCGGAGUUGAAGUAUCUGAACAAAAGCGUCGACCCCUGCGAAGACUUCUACGAAUUCACCUGCGGUAACUUUAAAAAUGUCCAUCCCAGACCUGAGGACACGGUCAUCCUGGACCACUUCACCCUCCUGGCCAAAGAUAUUGUUGACAUGACCACAAAAAUUCUAAAAGAGCCAAACAGAAAAGAUGACCCUGAAGCACUGAAGAAAGCCAGAGCUGCCUACAAAGCAUGCGCGGACUUAGACUACAUCGAUUCAAUGCCAAACCCAGAACUUUCAGUAAUUGCUGAAGUGAAAGGGUUCCCAAUGGUGACAGGCCAACGUUCUAAAGAAAAGUUUUCUUGGUACGAAAUCGCCGACUUGAUUGCUGAGUACGGAGUACCCAUGGUGUUCAACAACUUCGUCAGUUAUCCAAGUUACACCGACGCCAACAAAACUAUGAUCUAUUUCACCGAGGAGAAAUUAACUUAUCCAGUUAUGGCAAGAUUUGACAGUCAACAAACGCCAGAACAAGCUAUAGAGUCUUCCAUUGAAGAAAUUGCCUCCACCCCCAAUUUAAGAGAAGAAGCCCCCUUUACCACCCUCUUAAAAAACCUGACUUUGAAAAUGAAAUAUGCCACAGGCAACAUCUAUACAAGUGACCAAACUGUUUUGGAAAACCUUGAUGAAACCAUGACUUUCAUGCGCACAUUAGCUUUACCACAUAAUGUUCCUGUUGAUGGUGAACUAGUUCCUUUAAUACCUGAGACUUACACAAUAACAGUAAAAGAGUUGCAAGAAUGGACGGACUUACAAUUCGGCAACAAGACCCACUUAAACUGGGUGAAAUUCCUGAACAUAGUGAUGAAAAAAUCCGGAGUGAAUGUUACAGACGACACACAGGUGUUGUGCAGCAAUGGCUUCAACCAAAUAUUAUAUGCUACCAUAAAAACUGUUGAGGAAGCUUCCUCUGAUCUCUUGAAGAACUUUGCCCUGCUCAGACUCUUCGUGUACCAAGCCUUAGACAGUGACGCCCAAACACGUGAGGCUUUCGAAAUUUACUACAAGUCUAGAGGAAAUCAGGUCUAUUCCAGGAGUGAGUAUUGCACCAGGAAAGUGGUGGACGUGUCCGCCUUGGCCAGUACCAGCUUCGCAGUCGCCUACGAGUACCAGCUGAGACAUUUCAACGUCAAUAAAUUACAGAAAGCCACAGAAAUGAUCCACGACCUGUGGGACGCCUUUGCCGAGAUCGUUUCUGAGGCAGACUGGAUGAGCGACGACAACAAGGCCACAGCUUUGUUGAAAAACAGCAAGAUGAUCACCUUGUUGGGUUACCCGGAGGUGUCCGAGGACAAAACUGAGUUGGACAAGUUUUAUGAGAGCUUGAGGAUCUGCAGCUGGGACAACUAUGGCAACGUCAAGCGACUGAGGGCGUUCAGAAUGGCCUAUCAACUGUCACAAGCCAAAUCAAGGGACAGAACUGUUUGGGACAAGUCUCCGUUCGACAACAACGCUUAUUACACCCACGCAACCAACCGCAUCAUAUUCCCCGCCGCCAUGCUGAAUCCUGUGUUCUUCACCGGCAACUACUCUGUAGUCGAUUAUGGAAGAAUAGGAAGCAUCAUUGGGCACGAAAUCACUCACGGUUUCGAUAGUACGGGUCAGGUGUUCAACGAGGAGGGCCUUAGAACGCCGUGGUACUCGAACGAAACUGCGAAAGCAGCCCACGCUAAACAGCAGUGUUUCAAAGACCAGUACUGGCAGUACUACGUGCCUCAAUCAGACUCCUACGUAAACGGUACCUCCACUUUAAAUGAAAAUUUGGCCGACAAUGGAGGCAUAAGGGAGGCCUACAAGGCAAUGAAGAAGUACCUAAGCAGAUCAAUUGUGAAUUACAACCUGGACAAUUACACAACAGAUCAGUUGUUCUUUAUAGGUUUUGGAACUAUGUGGUGCUCUGAGGCUUCGGAUUAUUAUUAUGAAGCUCUGUCACAAAGUGGAAGUUAUUCGCCCACCAAAUGGAGGGUUAAUGGUCCUCUGUCUAAUUUGGAGGAGUUUUCUGAAGCUUUUAAUUGUCCGGUGGGUAGUAAGAUGAAUCCUGUGGAAAAGUGUAGGUUGUGGUAAUCAGUUUUUUCGUUAAUAAUUAAUUUUGAUGUAAUAAAUAUUAUUGGAU